AUUCAUAUUUUGAGUUCAAAUCGUGAUUAAAAUUUUAACGCGAUAGAUUUUUUGCGUUUCCGGGUUCCUGGUUGUUUUAAUCGGAAAUCCACAAUCUUGGUAAAUUUCUAUUGAAUUAAAAGUUUUCUUACAGAAUAAACUCGUACAUGAAAAAACGAUUUCCUGACUUCUGAGCGGCGCAUACACUUGUUAGUUACUCCUCCGCCCUAUGUAUUCGCCUUGACUCUUAAUAUGGACGAUCCAGUGAAAUGCACGAAGGUUGAAGAAUUUCGUGGGUCUAAAGAAAGCCCAUGGAGCUGGAAUACGCGACGCAAAUUUCUGUUAUGUCAUUACGACAAACCAGAAGGGCUGGACAUGAUAAAUUGUUAUUCGUGGAUUCUAAUUAAUAACAAGAGUUUGGGCUGCCGCUAUGAAACGGCACACAUGGAGAAGUUAAACAGAAUGGCCGCGGAGGCUUUCAUUUUGGAGGAUUUGGAAAAAGGAGGACCCACACCAGUGAUCCAGCCCUAUGCGGCUGCCAGUGGUCGUGGCCGUGGAAAAAACCGUGGGAACAAGGAGAACGCCGGCUUCGUAGAUGGAGAAAUGAAUGGGAACGGGUUUUUGUCUGGAGGCUUUUUGGACAGCCGCCAAGCGUUGGACGCCCAGAUUGCCACCUGCAUGUCGUCUAGUUCAAUGGAGAACGCCGGGUUGGAUGGUAGUCCGGUGCCAGCCUCAAGUUUUUUCACUAAGGACUACGUGAAACCACCGGCCAUCAAUCCUGCAUCAUUUGGAAGACUGUCGGGAAGCAGUCCUGGACGCGACACGGAGGCACUGACACCCGACGAAGAAGUUGCGCAGCUGACCAGAUCCGAUGGCGAAGAAUCAGAUGUAGAUAAUGGAGUGGUAUUGCCGGGAUCACUAAACAUUUAUGGCAGAAGUGACUCGGAUUACUAUUUCGAUGCGUCUAUGCUGAGUUCGGAGUUAAUUGCAUCGGAAGUUGAACAGCCGGAAAUCGAGCGUCCUCCUUCGCAUCCCGAAGUGCUGGCGCGUUCUUUGUCGGAUGCCGAGGAUGAAAUGGCGCAGAAUUUUAAAGAGGAAAAUAUUCCAGAGGAUGUUUUAAAAACAGUGGAAAGCCUCGUGGGUCCGGCUAGUGACAAUUUGCCGUCAUCAAGUAAAAAACUGGAACCUCGUACAGUGAUCGAAACGGAUAAGAAGGACGACGGGGUUGGGCGGCUUCACAUUUCUGGCAGCCAACUUGCGGAGCUGACCCAAAUCGCUCCACGAAAUGCCUUGCUUGCUGGUCUGUUCAGUACGAUGAAGAAGCCGGAAAUGCCUGCGCAGGAUAUGGUUUACAGUCGAUACAGUGAGCCACAGGAACCGGUUUUCAACGAUCCAGCCAUUGUGUUUGCGAAGCCUGCCUCCCGAACCGCUCAGCCAAAGGAGAACAACCUUGAUCUGGAAGGAGCGACUCUAGCCAUCAAGAAAAUGCUCCUUCUUCCCGGAGGUGGAAAUCGACCGCUUGCAGAAAGUGGUGCGGAUUCUGUGUUGCCAGCUUUUCCUGUGCAUUCAUCUGUGGCCUCGGUGUCGUCUCGUGCUCCACUUGUUCCUCCUCGCGGAAAUCAUCGGCAGUCGCCUUCAGUUGCUCAAAAUAAACGUUGUGAUUCUUCAGUUAUUCGUAUUCCUCAGUGCUCAUCUUCUGGAGAUUUUCAUAAUGAGAGUUAUUCACAAGCGCUUUCGUUUCUCGAAACCCGUCCAGAGAAUGAGAUAGUGGUUCGCCUGCGUGGAGAAUUGGUUAAUGACGAAGCUAUGCGUCUAAUGAGUGAGACCAUUUCUGUUAACAGAGCCCAAAAAUUAAUCACAAUUUUGUCAAUACAAGUGAACAGAAAUGGUCGUUGCAUACACGAGGUGAAGAUUUCCUAUGCAGGCAAACAGCUGUGCGUUCGGCAGGCUUCGUCGUUAAAAGAUGCUAAAAAUGCUGCCGCUAUGGAAUGCCUGAUUUUACUGAUGAAGCGGUUUCCUACGAUUAAAGUUUCCGCCUCGGAGAAUGCAUUCGUUCAGCCUGUCGCUCGCGAAGAUCUUCUCUCCGGAAGGACGGUGGAUACUAUUCUGGAACGAAUUGAAGCUGAUUCGGAAUCUCAUGGGGUUGUUGGGAGUAAGCGCAGUAUCGGAUGGAAGUUGAUGGAAAAGAUGGGCUGGAAGGAAGGGAAAGGGUUGGGAAAGAAGGAAGAUGGCAUCGUCCAUCCAAUCGACUGUAACAUUAGCGCUUCGUACUCGGUUUACGGUCGCUGGGGAGUUGGCUAUCGCGACAGCGAUUUGGAUUAUCGUUUAAUACUGGAUAGAGCUGAUACAUUGUUCCAGUGUUUCAUUGCCAAUGCCAUUGUCCUGGAUGAUCUGGUCUUUGCCAAAGACUUUUCUCCGCGCGAACGAGAAGUAAUACACAAUGCCGCCGAGAAAUAUGGAUUGAGCCACAACAGUUUGGGCUCUGGAGAUAAUCGGCAUUUGGUUGUGCGUUACAAGUUCAGUCUUCAACAGUUAGUGGAGGAACUCCGACGGGUUGGAGGCCAUACAGAGCGUUAUAAGUUGGUGGAACCGCCAAGCUUUUAUUCGUCCUUGAAAUAAGUGUGUCUUUCUUCAGCCAUCUUUUUAUCGUUUAGUUUCACGUUUUGAGAUCUGUGCUUAUUUUUGAUAUUUUGUCUGUGAUAAAGCGGACAUUGAAGUUCAUGGUGUUGUUUUGGUUUUAACUCGUUACUUUGAAGUUGAAAGAGGAAUCGUUGAAUAAACCGACCGGUAGCAGGCAAGUUCACAGUUGCAAUG